CUUCUUCUCUAAUCUUCUCUUCUCUCUCAAGACUCAUCAGCCUUGCUGCUCCUCUCCUUCUCUUCUAUCCUUUCUCUCCCUCCGUUGCUUGUCUCGUGCGGUGUUCGUUUCAACGGCCGUGCCAGCCUCGGAUCGUCUCCACCCGCUUGAUCUUAUCUCAUCUUUUGGGUCCGCCCUUCUAGAACCUUUACUUUUUCUUCAACCCUCGUCCUCGCGACUCUCCUCUCCUCUCUCCUUUCUCCACCCUUCCUCUUUCUCUCUCAGAUUCACCAUGACUUCUCCUUCCACAAUUCGCCAGAGAUUUCUCUCCAAGCCCAAUGAGUUGGGCGUCGUGGCUGUGGGCUUCAAUGGCGGCCAGUGCAAAGUUGGCGUCGAAGCGGCUCCGAUGGCUCUAGUCGAGGCCGGUCUCCUCGAGCAACUGCGCGACGACCUCGGCUACGACCUGCACUAUGACGACCAGGUCCACUACUACGAGGACAAGAUGCCCGCCGACGACCCCGACCACCGCGGCAUGAAGAAGCCCCGGUCGGUCAGCGCCGUCACCCAGUCGCUGAGCGAGCAGGUCUAUGAGCACGCCAAGGAGGGCAAGUUUGUGCUGACACUGGGCGGUGACCACUCGAUCGCGAUCGGAACCGUGUCGGGCACAGCCAAGGCCAUCCGCGAGCGCCUGGGCCGUGAGAUGGCGGUCAUCUGGGUUGAUGCGCACGCAGAUAUCAACAUUCCCGAGAUGAGCCCCAGCGGCAACAUCCACGGCAUGCCCAUGGCGUUCCUGACGCGUCUGGCUCGCGAGGAGCGCCCGGACAUCUUCGGGUGGCUGCAGGAUGAGCACAUUGUCAACACUCGCAAGCUGGUGUACAUUGGUCUCCGGGAUGUGGACCGCGGCGAGAAGCAGAUUCUUCGGGAGCAUGGCAUUAAGGCGUUCAGCAUGCACGAUAUUGACCGGUACGGCAUUGGCCGCGUGGUCGAGAUGGCCCUGGCUCACAUUGGCAACGACACGCCGAUCCACCUGUCGUUCGACGUGGAUGCGCUGGACCCGCAGUGGGCGCCCAGCACAGGCACGCCGGUGCGCGGUGGACUGACUCUGCGUGAGGGCGACUUCAUCUGCGAGUGUGUGCACGAGACGGGCAACCUAGUGGCGAUGGAUCUGGUGGAGGUGAACCCGAGCCUGGAGGAGUCGGGGGCCAGCGACACGAUCCGGACGGGAUGCUCGUUGGUGCGGAGCGCGCUGGGCGACACACUGCUGUAAAUUAGAAUUGGUGUUCUAGAUAGAUGGGCGGUAUGACUUAAUGACGAGCAAUCGGUUCCUUCUGCAA